AUGGCAGUAACAACAACAAAUCGCACAAUAGCUUCAGGGCAGAACGGUCGUCAGGAACCAAGAGACGACCAUGACGAUUACGACAACGAUAUCCUAGAAGACGAACACGGCAACGGAGACGAUAUGGACGACAACAAUCACCGCGGUGAUGAAAUGGAGAAACAACAAGAUAACCCACUCAUACACCUCACCCAAAACCAACGCGAGGCCGCCGUGGAGAACCUAGAAAUCGAGACAAUGGACAGGAUACAGAAGCUACGAGCAUCGAUCGGCGUAUUAACAAAUUCGCUCAAGUUCAGGGCCGAAGCAGAGGUCAACCGUCUCCCCGCCGCCAUCCGCACAAUGACUGUCGAAGAAUUCUGGUUCACCUACAACGGCAGCGCAAAGGAAUACCUCGAACAACAGGCUAAGUCCAAAUCCGUCGCCAAUACCGCCUUCCUCCAUGCCCUUGGCAUGGUCGACCACAAGAGAAACAACCGCAAGCGUCAGGGCAGAAUCAUAGUAGCAGUAUGA